AUGUCGCGCCAUUUGCCCAAGAAACACAAUCCGCUCAUUCUCCCGGAUGCGGCACCGUCAUAUGAGGACCUGCUCGCGCGCCGCCGUCUCGGUAAGACCAAUCUUGCCGUCAAGGCCGCCCAGAUUGGUACCUCCAAUGCGACCAAGCCUGAAAAUCUGGGGCUGUUCGAGUAUGCCCAUCUACGGGCACCUCUGCCCAGGGACUUGCAGGGCUCGGAGAUCUUUCCUUCACACUCUCCCGCCCAGCACCCGGAGAUCUACUUUUUGAUGCGGAGGAGCAAGGAUGGCUUCGUCAGUGCCACAGGAAUGUUCAGAAUUGCUUUCCCAUGGGCCAAGGUCGAGGAGGAGAAGUCAGAGAGAGAAUAUUUGAAGUCACGCGAGCACACCAGCCACGAAGAGGUCGCUGGUAAUGUAUGGAUCAGCCCAGAGUUUGCUCUGGAGCUGUCUCGAGAGUACAAAAUGUACGACUGGGUCCGUGCCCUGCUCGACCCUACCGAUAUACUUCAGAGCCCUUCGAGCGCGAAGAAGCAGAUCACUCCCCCGCCCAGGUUCGACUUGCCCAUGGAUGAGCCGACUCUCACUCGCCGGAGCCGCCGGUCAGUCUCGCCCAGCAAGAAGCCUACUUCUCCGCGCAAGUCUCGAACGGCCCGCUCCGCCAAGGACGUUCUGAGCACUCCAUCUACGGACGCUGCGAAUAGCAGUCUGCAAGAGGCCCUGGAAUUGACGGCCUCCAUUGAGGCGGCUGCCAGCAGCAGUGUCCCUCCUGUGGUGCUGGAGGAGGUCGAGGUUACUGAGAUUGCUGUGCAAGGCUCUCCGGAGAAGAAGAGGGGCCGCAAGCCCAAAAAGGUCUCAUCAGAGGGUGGUGAUCAAAAAGAGGAGGUCAAGACAAAGGAGCCCGAGGAGGAGGGCACAGUAGAGAAGGCUGAGAAGCCCAAGGCCGACAAGAAGGAGAAGAAGAAGGUGGAGAAGAAGAAGGACACCGCGGAAGAGCCUGUGAGCGACGCUAUCGCUCCUGCUCCAGCUACCGAUGAUGCGCACACAAACACAUUUACUCUGGACAUGCCAAUUUCUCUCCCGGAGGUGCCCUCAGCUGCUGAAACGCAGGAAAUGAUUGCCAAGGCCAAAGAGAUGGUCGAGGAUGCCAUUAAAAGCCAAGCAGGUGGCUCGGUCGAAGUGCCUCCGUCGGUGACCGUGACGAAGAAGCGCAAGACUGUCGAAGAAGAUGAGGACGAGGAGACGGCAGCCGAGGCCUCACAGCGGGCGAAGAAAGCUAAGGUAUUGGAGGAAAAACUGAAGCGCGAGCGUGUGCGCAACCGUGCUCUCUUUGGAGUUUCAGCAGCUUUUGCUCUUGCCGCCUCCAUUCCCUACUUCUUCUAG